AUGCCAUAUUACGAGGACGUAAUCGUCACUGAAGAUGGCAGAACUUUAUGCGAGCUUUGCGAAAUAUAUAUCACCAACGAUGACAUGAUUGAAUCACAUUUAGAUAGCGAAAAACAUGUCAGCUUAUAUACUUCCAGAAUAAUUAUACAAAAUAAUAUCAACGUAGAAGUUAAUAGAGCGCAUUGCCUAAUUUGUAAGGUGGAUUUAGUUGAUUUGAUUGUUCAUAUACAAAGUUCACAACAUCAGAGUCUUAUGAAUGAAAUUAACGAAGUGAUUGAGAAAGAUAGAUUAUUUCUUGAAUUACCCCAAAAUCUAAACAUAAAUGGAUCUCAAGUAUAUUGCACAAUAUGUCAUAACUUUAUGAUGUUCACUUUGGAAGCUGUAAAGGAUCAUGUGCACUCCUUAAAACACAAACGGGCUCGUUCAAUGGCUGUUCAACCAUUUAAUGGUAUUUUUUCUAUCGAAGAAAAUGAUGAUUAUUUGUGGUGUAAAAUUUGUCAAAUUUAUUUUGAAAACUAUAUUGAAACAAUUUUUGAACAUGUUGAUGAUAAUAAGGAACACAAAACAAGGCUAACAAAGAUAUUAAGAUUGAUAGAAGGUCAUAAUAUAAUAAUUGACAAGUAUUUGACCCAUGCAAAUGAACAUUCAGCAACUUGCCUUAAAUGUAACACAGUAGUAGCUUGCAAUGUGGACAACCUUGAACGCCACAUUACAGGGAAAAGGCAUAAAGGACAC